GAGUUUUCUUUGACUGCCAUUGCUCACAACACCUGCAGCAAGUACACGUACACUAAAAAAAUUAGAUUCCAUUUGAUUUCUUAGAGGUAUUUCAGGAGAGGUGAGGUUUUACAAUGAGGGGCACUCUGCUGCUGGUGUUGCUGCUCUGUCUGUCUGGGACCUCAGCUGAGGAAGAGAUCGGAGGAGCUGACCAAGGUUUACAGACGAGUGUUCAGACUAAGAGGGAUAUCUGGGAUGAGCUGAGAGAUCUGAGAGACAUGGUGGUGGAGCAAAAGGUGGAACUGAGGAAUACCAAGGCUGAACUGCAAACCCAGAGAGACAAAGUGGCUGGUCUAGAGAAAGAGAACACGGUACAAGCAGCAGAACUGGCAGCACUGGUUUCCAGAGUGACAACCAGUGAGAAGGAGGUGCAGGAGCAGAAGAAGGAGGUGACAGCUCUCAGGGAAGAGCUGGAUAUUUCUAAGACUGAACUGCAGCUCACCGGGAACACAUUGGUUGAGUUGCAAAGCAAAAUUGCAGACACUCCGAAGCUGGCUUUCUCUGCUGGUUUGUCCACUUCAGGAAAGAUUGGACCAUUCAAUACGGAAACUCCACUCGUCUACAGCAGAGUCUUCACAAACAUUGGCGGGGGUUACAACCCAAUUACAGGUAUCUUCACAGCACCUGUCAAAGGAGUCUACUAUUUCCGAUUCACUGCCUUCAACAACAAGAAAAACGAGUGGAUGGCAGUGAAUUUAUACCAUGGUAGUCAGAGGAUUUUGCAUAAUUCUGAGAUAGCUCUUGGUCAUACUUUGUUUUCAAAUGCAUUGAUUCUUCAGCUGGAACAAGGAGGUCUGGUCCAUAUGCGUCUCCAACAAAACUGUGGGCUUUAUGAUGAUGCUAGCACCUUGAACACCUUCAGUGGUUUCCUGUUGUUCCCUCUGUGAUUUUCAGAUAUAAUCGGAUCGUCACCAAGGUCUUGAGGAUUUCUGCACUUUCCAGUUGUCUAUUACACUACAUCUCAUUCACAUACUUUGUGAAUAUUGUCCUUGGUUAUCUCAAUUUGAUCAUUUAUAUACAAAGAAGAAAGAAGUUGACUCUUGUAUGCUAUGAUCACUUAAUAAAUAAACUACUGAGCAU